UAAAUUAUAAUUCUCCAUAUUAAUACUGUUUGCGGAGGUAGAGGAGAUGGCAGUGAGCAGUGAGCAGUGAGCGGUGUUCUGUGUUUUUCCAUCAAACUGCAACAAUGGAGGAGACUCAGCUGAAGCUGUAUUCUUAUUGGCGGAGUUCCUGCUCCUGUCGUGUUCGAAUUGCCCUCAACUUGAAACGGCUGAAAUACGAGUACAAAGCAGUGAACUUGGUGAAAGGAGAGCAGUUCAGUCCAGAGUUUUCAAAGCUGAAUCCUCUCAAAUUUGUGCCGGCACUAGUGGAUGGGGACAUAGUAGUUGCUGAUUCUUUUGCCAUUUUGAUGUAUUUGGAAGAGAAGUAUCCUCAACAUCCAUUGUUGCCUCAGGAUCUACAUAAAAGAGCUAUCAAUUACCAGGCUGCCAAUAUUGUUUCUGCAAACAUACAGCCACUUCAGAAUUUGGUUGUACUGAAAUAUAUUGAGGAAAAGUGUGGUAGUGGUGAGAGGCUCACAUGGGUCAAACAUCAUAUUGAAAAAGGCUUUGCAGCCUUGGAGAAGCUAUUAAAAGAUCAUGCUGGAAAAUAUGCGACUGGAGAUGAAGUUUUCCUGGCUGAUUUGUUUCUAGCACCCCAGAUUCAUGCUGCACUUAAACGGUUCAAAAUGGACAUGACUGAAUUCCCCCUUUUAUUAAAGUUGAAUGACGCAUACAAUGAAUUGCCAGCAUUCCAAGAUGCUAUGCCAGAAAAACAGCCCGACUACGUCCCAUCAUAGGUCCAAGGCAGAUCUUGUGCCCAAGGAAUCUCAAUAAGGGCUGGGCCGCCAUUUCAUGGGGUGGAACAUUGUGGUUAAGUGAAUAUAAAUAAUUGAUAAUCAUCAUGAACUGUUGUGAUUAUAUAGUAUGUAUGUCCAGAGUUUCCAAGGACUGGGAUUUCUUGAUUUCAAAUGAAUAAGUUCCUGUUUGCUUUAA